CCUGUGAAGAUGCAAACACUUCAAUUCUGUUUGUUAGUACAUAUUACAUAAUCCUAAACAAUUCAUCACAAAUCACUAAUGGCGGUCUCAUUUCCUUGCACUUCUUCCCUUUUCCACCGCAAUAUCAUUCCAUCACCUCAGGUCCCAAUCAAAAUAUGGAACAAUUACAAGUUUUUCGCUUCGAAAGCUCCGCGAUCUGAUCCGAAGCUUCCUGUCCGUUCCACAAAGGAGAUGAUGGAGAAUUUAUUGGAUUGUGUGGAUUUGAGUGAGCAUGAGGCUGAAAGGUCACUGGAGUUGUUGCUGAGAGAUGGUAAUCAAGCUUUGAUAAGUGCUUUUCUUGUGCUUCUUAGAGCUAAAGGAGAAACUUAUGAGGAGAUUGUAGGGUUAGCAAAGGCGAUGAGGAAAUGCAGCCGGAAGGUGGAGGGGAUAGAGGAUGAUGCAGUUGACAUUGUGGGCACCGGUGGAGACGGAGCUAACACUGUUAAUAUAUCAACCGGUGCUGCUAUACUUGCUGCUGCCUGCGGUGCUAAAGUUGCAAAGCAAGGAAAUCGAUCCAGUUCUUCUGCUUGUGGAAGUGCUGAUGUGUUAGAAGAAUUGGGAGUCAACAUAAACUUGGAACCCGAGGGAGUGAAAAAAUGUUUGGAAGAAGUGGGAAUCGGUUUUAUGAUGUCUCCUAACUAUCAUCCAGCAAUGAAAAUUGUUGCACCGGUUCGAAAGAAACUUGGUGUGAAGACGGUGUUCAACGUGUUGGGUCCAAUGCUCAACCCGGCUCGGGUUCCCUUUGUGGUAGUUGGGGUGUACAAGGAAGACAUGGUUACUAAAAUGGCGAAAGCUUUGCAAAGAUAUGGUGUCAAACGAGCUUUAGUCGUUCAUUCUGAAGGCUUAGAUGAGAUGAGCCCACUCGGUCCGGGAAUAGUUUUCGACGUAACACCAGGAAAGAUCAAGAAAUUCCAUUUCGACCCAUUGGAUUUUGGGAUCUCCCGAUGCACGGUUGAGGAUCUACGAGGGGGGAACCCAAAACACAACGCAGAGGUGCUAAGAAGUGUACUGUCGGGACAGAGAGGACCCAUUGCAGAUGCAUUGGUCUUAAAUGCUGCAGCAGCACUUACAGUGAGUGGACAUGUUGGCACCUUGGCUGAAGCAGUGACCCUUGCUCAAGAAACGCACCAAGCCGGGAAGGCUCUCAGGACACUAGACCAUUGGGUCACUGUCUCAAAUUUGCAGACUGAUAAAGAGCUUGCCACCAUGCGUUCCUGAGUCAAGUAGAGGAUCAAUGCCAAAGCUACGUAGAGAAUGAGCUUUUGUUUGUCAUUCAAUAAAUAUGUCUAAAUUAUUAAUUAUGUUGCAUUAGUUCGGCUGAUCAAGAUUGUAUGAACUUUUACUUUGAUUGAACCAACAUUAUGUUUGAACCCAUGAUUGCUAUGUUAGGCAUUCAGAGUGUGUUCAUUGAUAGUUUGGUGUUUCAAUGGUUUGUGCAUUCCUCAAA